CGCCUAGGAACCUCCAACGAAAGUAUCCUUGAGGUGCUUUUGGCCAAGGGAGAUCCUAUUAUGGCAUUGAGGUCGCUUGUCGCAAAGCAUACUUACCUCUAUCGCCAACUGGAAGAUCAGAAACAGACUCGGAAUUUGCUACCCCGCCUUUAUGCCAUCAAGCAGGUUCGCAGGUUCUGCAAAGACCACCAGGAGUUGCUAGUUCUUGAGGCAACACCACGUAAGGUUCUGGAUGCCGCUAAGCUCUGCGAGGAUCCAAUGAUCUUCUAUUCUGUGUUUCGAUUCUUUGAACGUGCCGCUCCACUCGCCUCCUCGCUCAUUCAGGGUAUUUUAUCUUACCUAUUUAGUUAA